AUGAAAAGCUUGGCAGGCAACAACCAAAAUAAAGAAAGAGAGGAGACUAAUGUAACAGACCAGUGUGUCACACUCAAGAAUUCAAUGAAAAAGUCUGAUUUUCCUCAGUGUGCUCUUAGUGGAAAUAUUAAUAGGAAAUCAGGGGACCAACUAAUCCCCUCGCCACUCAAACAUGCAUUAUUUUGGCCACAGAAUACAAGAAAACAAGGGAAAAGAAGAUUAAGAGAAAAACUUCCACAUGUUGUGACAUCCAACCAGUGGCAGGAAUACCAUCAUAAGAAGGAACAACUGAAGCUACAAAGAGAAAGACUAAAAGCUGAGAGAGCAGAAGCACGAAAACUGAAGAAAGAACAGUCUGAGAUUGCUAAGAAACUCAAGAAGCAAACUAAAGCAGAGAAUUGUAGAAAGCCAAAAGUACACAAGAAAAGAACAAUUUCAGUAUCCUCAGAUUCUGAAGAUGAAGAAUGGACACUACAAUCACAGAACAUCACAGUAAAAAUGCAAGUUAUUGAACUUCUCUGUGCUGUGUGCGCAUAUUCUUCGAAAGGACAUGAAAUGGCUCUUCAUGCUCUACAGCACUUCAAGGUUACUUGUGAUCAGAAGCAUGGGUUUGACAUAAUAGUGAGUGAACUUCGUAACACAAAAAAUGUUGAAUAUCAGACAAGGCUGCUUUCUUUCAUCAACAGCCUAACACUGGGCUGCCACAAUGUCCACAAGCGUGUGCAGAUCAGGAAUGAAUUACUUGGUCGUGGGCUUGGACCAAUCCUGAGUUCACUAAGUGCAACUGAUGAUAAGGAGCUACAGAUGCAAGUUUCAGCAUUCAUUGAUUACCAACACAGAGAUGAGAUGGAAUUAGAAUCAACAAAACAACUAACUCAUCAUCAGUUGUUUGAAACAAUAUUCGAAAAGAUAGCAGAUACACCACAUGCUGUCAGGUUCCACUCCAUGCUACAAAAGCUUGCACAGCUAGAUCCAACAAAUCCAAAUGUGGACAGUGUGUGGGAAGCACUUGACUCACUUUCAUCUGAAGCUAUAAAACCUGGGUUUUCUAUCCACAAAAAGCCAGCACAAACUCAAAAAUAUCAUGAAAGAAGAGCUGACAGUAUUAACAAAACACAUUCUUUUGAUAUCCUUAAUACAAGCACAGUGUCUACACAGACCGAGGUGGAAUAUACCAGAGAAGUAAAGCAACUUUGUGAUAAUGAGAAACAGCAUCAGUUGUCACCAUCAGAAGCAAAACUGUCAUUCCCAGCACCACCUCCUCUUCCUCCUCCUCCACCUUGUCUGCCACUGCCACUUAUUACAGUGGUGUCAUCAGCUAUUCCAUCAGCUUCAGGGGUGCUAUCACCUUCAUCACUUGCAGGUUACAGUUCUCAACAAAAAAAUCAUGUACCUUCACCUCCUCCAAUUCCCAAUAGUGACAGCUUUGAAACACUGAUGUUACAUCGGAGACAUUCACUUCCAGCACAUUUACCAGAUUCUGCAAGUUUGUGGACACCAGUAAAAGACAAGUCUAACACACUACCACUGCCCAAGCGGAAGAUGAAAACCCUAAGCUGGACAAAGAUUCCAGUCUCCAUGAUAGGUGAAUCAGUAUGGACUGAAAUGCAGAGCGAAGCAAAGAGUCUUAGAGUGGAUUUCAAGCAAAUGGAAGAACUGUUCUGUCAGAAAACUGCUACUGUGAAACAUCGAAAAUCUUCUCCAGUAACACUUCCAUCACCAAUAACUUCCAAGAUCACUUUAUUGGAAACCAAGAGAGAUUUGGCAGUAAACAUUUAUCUAAAACAGUUCAAAUUGGGAGGAAAAGCAGUCAUAGAAGUUAUAAAGAACCUUAAAGGAGGUGAUAUAGGUCCUGAGAAACUGAAAGCACUCUUGCCACUACUUCCCACAGAAAAAGAGCUGACUUCAGUCAGAUCCUAUUCUGGAGAUCUGGAUCGUUUAGGAGAGGCAGAGAAAUUUUAUCUUCAGCUAUCAGAAGUACCAUCAUUUACCCUCAGGAUUAGGGCAAUGUUGCUUAAAGAAGAGUUUCCUUCAAGAAUCUCUGAACUGAAAGAACAACUAAAGGCUGUUGCAGAUGCAUGCAAUAAGCUGAAGGCUAAUAAAUGUUUGAAAGAAUUUCUAGCACUAGUACUUCAACUUGGAAACUACAUAAAUGCUGGAAGCUAUGCAGGCAAUGCAGCAGGCUUUACACUCAGUACACUACCAAAGCUCCUAGAAAUAAAAGCAAACAAAUCAAGUCUGACAUUCUUGCACUAUGUGGUAGAAGUUGCAGAAGCUAACAAUAAGGAAAUAUUACAAUUUACAGAAGAUGCGAGUAACAUGAAAGAAAUGGCAAGGUAA